CCUGAUUCGAUGGCCAUGGAAAGCCGGCAGAGUGCGAUCGUUAUCCCGGAGGUCAUAUUCGCCAUCCUGGCCGGAUCCCUCGUGUUCUGGAGAAUCAUCAAUAAUGUAAUUUUGAAGAGGCUGUUCAGGCUUGCUGAUUUGCUCAUCUUCUUGGCCAUGGUGAGCAACCUGGUAGCGCUAUCAUGUAGUUCGUUGUCAACACAAUACGGUCUGGGGAGACAUAUAUACGACCCAAAGAUCACACCCGACAAGCUUCAAAUAUGUCUACGAUGGAUCUGGAUCGGAGAAGCAACCAAUCUGAUAUCGAUGCUCUUCGCCAAACUCAGUAUCGCUGCCUUCCUUUUGUAUCUGGACUUCGCGCCUGGAUACAAAAUUGCCAUGUGGAUCACUGUUGCAAUCGUCGUCGUGUGUAAUGGGGCUGUUGCCUUGACGUCGAUUUUCGGAUCAUGCAAUCCGAUUUCCCUGCACUGGAACAUGAAUCAGCCUGGUCAAUGCUGGGAACCAGUUGUGUCGAAGAUAUGCACUUACGUUCAAUCUGGCUCGAACAUUGUGACCGAUGUAUUGUUUACAUCAGUACCAAUAUAUUACCUUUCGACAGUCAAGCUAGGGGCGAACGUCCAAUGGGGACUGCGAAUCGUUCUGCUAUUUGGUUUGAUCGCGACCGUCUGCUCAGUCGUGAAAAUUGCAGUUGCUGGAAAAAUGUUCAACACACAAGACCCUACCUGGGAUGCCGUCGAUCUAUCCAUCUGGAGUACAGCAGAAGUCAACGUAUGCAUCAUCGCAGCUUGUCUGCCACCCCUACGAAGCCAGUUCGACUCUUUCCUGAGACGCUUCUUUGGCAUGGCUUUCUCCCGAUCAACAAACCGAAGUCGACCGACCUACGGA